AUGCUUGUAGCUAUGAGGGCUGCGACAAGACGUUUGCUACCAACCAAGCCAAAGACAACCACGAGAGGACACACACAGGCGAGAGACCGUAUCGCGCUGCACGAGGGCAAGAAGCCGCACAAAUGCCGGUUCUGCGAGUUUACAUGUGCCGACUCAAGUAACUUGAGCAAACACGAGAGGACACAUCAGACUCUCCGACCAUACAGGUGUCCACACCCCAACUGCACCUUCAAGCCCGACUGCCGCUGGGAGAACCUAAAGCGACACCUGCGCCGUUCAGGCCACUGCCCACAACUACUAGUGGAAACGAGCGAAGAAUACAAGUCGUACCGCGAAGGCGUUCGACGCGAGAUAGACGAUUGGCACAAGCGAAACGAAGAUGGUGGCCUGGGAAAGGCCGGUAGGAGGAAGGGAAGAUCGUAG